UUUCUAGUAGACCAGUCUCCAUGUAACCAGACAGCUGUCAUACAGAAAGCGUUAAAAGCAGCUGAGUCAGACAAGAUGCGUUGGUUUGAAGGAAACAUACCUGCUGCUAUUGCCGCCUCCAAACUACAGAACUCUGUUUUUGUAGUCGUCAUUACAGGAGAUGAUGAGCAGUCCACACAGAUGCUCUCCAGUUGGGAAGAUGAGCAGGUUGCUGAGCUCACCAACAACUGCUUUGUUGCCAUAAAAGUGGACGCAAAGAGUGAGGCGUGCGCUCAGUUUUCACAGAUCUAUCCAGUGGUGUGUAUUCCAUCCAGUUUCUUUAUCGGUGAGAAUGGAAUUCCCCUGGAGGUCAUUGCAGGCGGUGUUUCUGCAGAGGAACUUACAAAGAGGAUAAGCAAAGUCAAGCAGAUGCACUCACAGCAGGAAGGUGGCACGUCUCAGCCCAACGCAGAGACAUCGGUACAGACAAGCAGUUCGUCUGCUUCUACAAGCCAUACUGUAAACGCUACAGCUACAGCCAACACCUCCAGUGCCCCGUCCACUGCUGCUACAUCUAAAGAUUUGAAAUCAAACUCAAAAGAAUCCCUGUCUAAGCCUGUGGAGGAAGAAGGUGCUUCAGGUCACGUGACUCCAGCUGAAGACAGAAGCCUGUCGUCAGAUGAUGCAUCACAGGCAUCACAAGCAGAGGAGUCCCUGGAUGCCAAAGUUGAUAGAUUAACAAAGAAACUGGAGGAAAGACAAGAGCAGAAACGUAAAGGAGGAGAGGAGAACCAGAUAAAGAUCGAGAUUGAUCGGCGGAAACAGGGCAAGGACAUGCUGGACUUCAAAAGGAAGCAGGAGGAUGAGAAAACAAAGCGAAUCCUGGAGGAAAGGAACAGAGAGAAGGCCGAGGAGAAGGCGGCUAGAGAGAGGGUCAAACAGCAGAUAGCACAGGACCGUGCUGACCGGGCAGCUCGCUACGCUAAAAACCAGGAGGAGGCCGAAGCAGCCAAAGCAGCAGCUCUACAAGCCAGACAAGCUGAGCUGGAGAUGAAGAAGGAGGCGAGUCGGAAAGAGAAAAGUGCGAUUGCCAGGAUACAGUUCCGCCUGCCUGACGGUUCAUCCCUGACCAAUCAGUUUCCUUCAGAGACGAAGCUGCAGGAGGCAAGAACGUUUGCUGCUCAGGAGGUGGGCAACAGGUACGGCAACUUUUCUCUGGCGACUAUGUUUCCCAGACAUGAGUUCACAGGUGAAGAUCUGGAGAAAACUCUGCUGGAGCUAGAGCUUGCACCCAGUGCCUCAAUCGUCCUGCUACCGCAAUCAUCAAGGCCAGCAAACACGGUAGUCCAGUCCUCUGACACGGGUGGCUUCUGGGGCUUGCUGAGCACCAUCCUGUACCCGCUACUGGCAGUCUGGAGGUUUCUCAGUGGCUUCUUCAGCACCCCUUCUGCUGGAACAGGAGCAGGUUCUCGUAGCCAGCCACAGCACCCAAACUCCUAUAAUGGUGCUUCCUCAUCUGAAGAAUCAAAAAGAGAUACGGUUCGUAAACGGGUCUUAGAGAAGCGACCAGAAGACUUCAAAAAAGACGGGAAAAUCUACCGCCUGAGGACCCAAGAGGACAGUGAAGACGACAACAACACAUGGAACGGCAACUCCACCCAGCAAAUGUAGUGCAAUAAUACCAGUCUCUCUCUCUAUCAACUUUAUUGUCUCUCGCUCAGACCUGAUUUCAUUUUGAGUGUGUCUUAUUAAUGAAUUAUAACGAUUUAGAACCCUGACUUUAAUUCAUCCCUUUUUUCUGUCUCUAAUGGUGACCCUUUUUGCUCUCUCUUGCAUGGGUAGAUACGAUUCAAGCUAAUCUCUAACAUGAGCGUGAUUAAAGAUCCACUGUGUGCAGAUUGCUUGAUAGUUCUGCCUGAGAGCUUUUCAAGUCUUGCAGUAACACAUUGCUUAAUUCUAAAUAAAAGGCUUACAAGCUUGAAUGCUGCUGGCUUUUAUUCAACUGUAACUUCUCUGAUAAAAGGUUUCCAGUACAACUGUGAAUGUCUUUUAUGGUGCACCAGGCUUUAGGUGCACUGGGACUGAGCAACCAGUGCGUUUGUAUGGAAACUUGAAUCACAGUAGAACGUUUAUGUUAGUUGGAAGUCCCUUUAACACUUGCCAUUUAUCGUUAACAAUAAAGAUUUUUCAUGGAA